GGAAGUUACUGUAACCAAGCAACGCUGUCGUUGCCAUGGCAGCAGUGCCUGUCUCCCGCAGAGCCGGCUCCGGGAAGUUUUGUCAGUGCCUGAACAGACGUUAGCUAAAUGGAGUCGGAGCGGAGUGAGAGCAAAACGAUGCGAGCUCAGAAACGUAACAGCGGUGCGAGCGACAGAUGGGACGUUCUCGCCCCCAGGGUCAACAGCUGCAAGUUGCACCUGACAACUGUGAAAUCACUGGUGCCUGAAGGAGCCCAGAGGAUGACUGAGUCUCAAGUUCUUGUGAAGGAAAAAUAUAUGAACUCCCCCCAAACAAUAAAUCAUCCGAAGCCAGAAAACAGGUCGCUUGCCCACAGCCAUAGAGGACGUGUCUACACAUCCCUGGCGCCAUCAUUUGCGAGUGACUCUACAUACUCUUCUGUGGGUGUAGUAGCGGGUGGUGCCCAUUGUGGUUUGGAGGUAGCUUCAUGUGCUGCACAAGAUGCUAGAGACAAACCUAGAAGACCAACCCACAGUGCAUGGACUUCUUACCACCGUAAUGUCUCAAACCUCCCCAAACCAGCAGGUGGUUCUGGAGGAUAUAAGUGGAACACGGUCCCUGGCUUUCCUCCCACUCGGUUGCCAUGGGGCAGUUUUGCAUCCAGUUUUCAACGCAUUGACUUGGACAGACACUGUCUGGAGGAAUGUCCCCAGCUGGGCAUUAUGGAUGGACUACAGCUCCUCAACCUCCAACACAAUCUAAUCACAAAGAUCCAGCAUCUGUCACAACUGCAGCAGCUCGUUUUCCUCAACUUGUGUGACAACCACAUCUCUGAAAUGACUGGCAUCGAGGCUCUGAGCUCACUGAGGAUCCUCAUGCUGGGGAAGAACAGAAUCAACAAAAUAUCCUGCCUGGAGGGCCUGUCCCAUCUAAAUAUCCUGGAUUUGCAUGACAAUCAGAUCUGCCAGAUAGAAAACAUGUCUCACCUGAGCGAGCUGCGAGUGUUGAACCUGGCAGGAAACAGCAUCACCAGAGUUGAAAAACUACAGGGCCUGGACUGUCUGACCGAACUCCACCUACGACACAACAGCAUCUCUAUUGUGACCGAGGUGGACCGCCUGCCCUGCCUGCAGCGCCUCUUUCUCAGCUGCAACAACAUCACCAGUUUUGAUCAGCUAGCCUGUCUUGGAGAGUCGCGCUCCCUUUCCGAGCUCACCCUGGAUGGGAAUCCUGUAGCCCUGGAGACAUGGUACAAGCAGGCCGUCCUGCGCUGUGUGCUUCAUCUGAGACAGCUGGACAUGAAGCGCAUCACAGACGAGGAUCGGCGCAUGGCUGGUGUACAGGCUCGAAAAGAGGAGGAGAAGAAGAGGGAGAGUCACAAGCAGACCAUUCAUAAGGAGAAGCGGCGUCUGGCCAUCCGUAAUGCAGCGCAGCAGUGGGAGGGUGUCAGGGCCUGCCUGGAGCUGCCACCAACGAAUGGUGCUAAGGAAGAAGUUAGUCCAGAGAACAGCCCCGCCCACAGCCCCGCCCAAACCAAUGGCCUGGCACAGGAACCUUCUCCAGAUGAACCCAGACGGGUAAGCCCAGGUUCAGGACCAGAGCGACCAUCAGGGGGAACGGAGAUCAGACUUCGCACCAACAGCCGUCCAAACAGCCCACGAGAUCCCAAGCUUGUGGAGGCAGGGAGCGGCAGUGUUCAGAGCUUGUCCCUCUCUGACAGUCACCUGGCGGAGCUGGAUGGAGACACCCUGCGUUUGUUCGGACUCGGAGCCCUGGAGGCCCUGGAGAGGGGCUGGGGAGUUCAGACUGCUGGUGCUGUCACUGUAAUAACCUUCCGCUACAUCAACUUUGAUGCCAUUGUACCAACACUGCCGCGAAUAAGGGUCAAGUUCCCCAAUCUAUCGCACAUGAUCUUCUUGGAAACCAACAUCAGCCGUCUGCCCCAGCUGGCGGCCCUGGCUCAGGUGAGGCGUCUGGACCAGCUGACCAUCCACCCGGAGGGCAAUCCAGUGGUCAGUCUGGCUCUGUGGCGCUCCUUCGUCAUCUACCGCCUCCACCACUUCAACCUGCAGAGGAUCAACGGCCAGGAGGUGACCAUGAAUGAUGUGAUCGCUGCUGAGCGGGUGUUCGGGACACUGGGUCAUAUAGCAGCCACCGAAACUCCACGCUGCCGCCUCCUCCUUUUGCUCGAGGAGUCCAGAAAGCGCCAGCUGCAGUUCCUGUUGGACGGGCGUGGCCGGCGAGCAGGGCUGAGUCCGGAGGAGCUGCGAGACAAUGGGAAGCUACUAGGAGAAGGUCUGAGCAGAGCGCUGUUCAACUAUCCGAGUAGAGACUGCAGUGCAGACAGCCCUGAGGAGGGCACUGUGGAGUCAUCGGAGCGCGCUGCCAUGAUAGAGCAGUACCUCCAGGAGUUGGUCCAGAGGGCGUCGGACACCAAUCUGAAGGGCGAGGCUCUGCACAAGCUCUGGCCCUCCAUGUUUGCAGAGAUGGUGAGGGACUGUGUGUUGGAGAUGAGGGACCGAGCAGCCUUCCGCCAAGCCAGCCUUGCAAAGCUCACUGAGACUAAGUGAAGAGGACCAAAGGUUCACUCUUGGAGACACACACAAACACAAACACGUGGACACAGCUUGCCCGGGCGCCUCCAGGGUUCCAUCUCAAACUCCUCUAACCCCAAUCCUAACACAUCAUCACUUAGUGACCUAUCACUGACUACCAGUUAUUAAAGUCUUUGGAAACUGAAGGGUGUUUUCCCCCAGUGUGUGGGAAGCUCUUUCUUAAGCUGGGAUGUAGAUUGUUUUAAAGAUGAUCGUGACAAAAGCAUCUUGAUUGAAUGUAGAUUUUCACUGACAAACACACAGAUUGAUUCUUCAGUGCUCGGAGCUGUAACAUACUUGAAGGAAGUUAAGGGGACUUAUUGACUUGGUGCAUUAUGGUCCCUACGGAGCAUCCUGUGCACUUUAAAAGCCUUCUGAAUGACCCCUCCUCACCAUUACUGUCAUCAGCUGAAAGUGUCCGCUGUCUCUUUUGUCGAGACUCGAAUGAUUUUUCUGUGUCUUAAAUCUUGUUUCAUGCAUCCCUCACUUUCUCCUGCCUGACAUGAAAAGAAGGGCACAAAGGACUUUUCUUUGUUUACCACUGAUUUUCUGUAUUGUACUUAGUAUUAAAAUAUUCUGUACUAACACUCA